AUGUUACAGUCCUCAAAAAGAACAUCCGCAGCUUCAAAGAAGAAAGGAAAGCUUAGCAAGGCUGAAAAACUGAGACUGAAGAGAGAAGAGGAGGAGAAGCGGCAGCGGGAGGAAGAGGAAGCUCGAUUGCUGGCUGAACAGUUAGAGGCUGAACGACGUGAAAAAGAACGUCAAGAGAAAGAGGAGAGAGAGAGACUCGAGGCCAAGCAACUGGAACACCGCCAUGAAGAAUUGGAAGAACAUAGGGCGCUGCUCGACAACAAACUGGAAGAAGCGACAAGAUGGAAGAACAAGCUUCAGAUUCAAGCAAAGUGGGACAGAUACAUGCGUUGUGACGGAAGCCCUGACCCAACCAUUCCUAAAGAAAUAAACACUUUUAUAAGCUUGUGGGCGAAGGAACAAAGCCAGGAUUUCCAGACCGUGCUGAAUAAAAGCAACCUAGUACUGGAGCUAAUUAGAGAGCUCGAGUUCCUCCUUGUAGACGCUCCUUCUGAUACUAUCACAGAGAUCGACGUAUUGCGAUAUCAGCAAACCAUCCGAGAGCUGCAGGAACUUCUUCAUCAGAAAUUCAACAAUGCCACCGAGCGUCUGUUAAAGAACGCCACCGUGCUGUCAGACAUCGAUACCGGAAACAUGCAGAAAGUCAUCAAAAAUGAAAAUGUUACACUGUGUAUAUGGGCCAAUCUCAACAAGAACCCAAGAUUUAAAGGAUAUCGAUUCGAGAAAGAAGCCAUUGGAUUUGAUUUACCGAAACCUCUAGCUGUGUGUAGUAUAGCCGUACGAAUCCUCCAUACACUCUAUGACCACCUCUCAUGCCAAAGUCCAACUUUCCAUCCAUGGAUGAAAGAAACAGAGGAGGUCCUGGCUCCUACAGAUGAAUUGGAGAAUGUUUUGGGUGACUCUAUGCAAAUUAUGGAGGAACAUAAACCGUCGGGCAGUGUAAUUACAGCUAAUGAAGAGACAAAGUCUGAGGGGAGAAAGAGUGUCCUGAGCACGGUUUCCUUCAAAGAAGAACCCAAAUCGGUGAACGAAUCCCUAGACAAGACAGAACUGGAGACCGAACAAAGGGCCAACAGCCAGCUGGGGACAACGACUGAAGGUCAUUUGCCCCCUUCUUUACUGAACGACAAGCAGAACGAUUUACUGGAAGAUGAUGUGGUGGAUCUGCGCCAAUAUACAACCUUAGGUGGCGUUUACUACUUUGAUGUAAUUGCUCUUCCACCUCAGUAUAAACAAGUGAACGGCUGGACCAUGGUGCAGAUUCUAGAAGGAGGAGUUCAAAUGUACCCCUACCCGCAGGAUUUAUCCCUUCUUAACCUCACCGGGAUGUCCCAGCAGGAGAAGGAAUUGGAGAAUGCUGCUCCCCCUGUUGCAGUGUCCUUUCGAGUACCUAAAAAUGUUCUCUUUUUUGAAGAACCUCAAGUAGCGAGAUGGGACCCUGAAGAUAAAACUUGGCGAAUGGACUCUAUCACCCAGAAGAUAUAUAACCCGGAGCUCCGGGACUUGUCCUUUAAGAUGGAUUCAUUUCACACAUUCACCUUGAUCCAAGAUUCGCACCUGAACAUGCCGUACGAGUCGUGGGAGCUGAGCCCUGGCGGCAAGAACCAAGUCAUGCUGGUCAUCGCCUCUGCGUUCACAGAAAUCCAGCUGGAAAUUAAGGAUGACCAGUGUAGGUUGACGUCGCUGUCCAGCGUAGACGGAGAUUUGACGCACAUUGUGGGGAAAUGGAUGUCUCCAACAGCUCUAAAAUCCACCAUGAGAGAUGCAGGACUAAACAUCUUCCCAGAAGAGGACUCUGCAAAAUAUGUCAUUGUCAACAAAAAGAAUGAAAAAGCUGAAGAAAUGGCGUAUAAAGAAAUGGCUCUUCUGUCUGCUUCAUUCGCCUUUGGAUGGAGCAAGUGGAAUCACAGCUGUGGGCCAGAGCAGAUUGUUCUCAAGGUUAAAGAAUUGUCCCAGCCCCCCACUUCUAGCGAUGAGAGCUGGUCUCUUUAUAUGUUGAAUUCUCAGAGGACGCAAAGACUGAAGAUGUCAGAAUCCAGCGAGACCUUUUCAGACGAGUUAUUUGAACACAGUGAACUUCACUCCACGCUGUAUCACAUGAUCAAAGAUUACACCAGCGUGGGAGCAGUGGAAGCUCUCAAGCACUCCCACCAUCUUUUUGUGGACUGUGUUUACCAGUUGUUAAGCAUGACCAAAGUAUUGACAUACUCUUAACAAUGACGACACAUUUAACAACUUUAUUAUUAAACACUCAAAUACAAUAAAUAUUCACACAAAUCACAUUCACUCACAAAGCCAUUAAGUGCACUAAAGGCCCAGACACAUAACCCUCCGUGGGACAGCGAUUAAAAAUUAUUAAAUCAAAGAGCUUAAAAAAAAAAAAAAAAAAAAACAA